AUUCAAUGGUUAACGCAUUGAGACGUGAAGUCCAGUGUUUAGCAAAUAAUUUAAUGAGAUAUCAAUUGUUUGCCGAAAAAUACCGAAAAUUAUUGAAUGAAUUGCAAACUAUCGAUGAAAUUAGUGUUGAAUUUGAUGAAGACUUGAGACAAAUGAGACAACAAUUGAUGACUUUGAGUGACGACAACGACUGUGAGGUUGUCAUCGAUGAAGACAUUAAUCAUGACAUGAAUUCAAGAUAUUUGGACAAAGAAUGUCAAACAACAACAAUAACAGCUAAUCCAAUGAAUGAUAAUCUUAUCGUAACAAAUGAUUGUAUUAAAAAUGUUAAGAAAGAUAUCGAUGACGACAACUAUGAAAAAGUAGUCGUCGAUUGUGAUGUCAAUUACAAGACUAGUGACGAUGAUAACGCUGAUGAUGACUAUGAAGACAAUGAUGAUAACGACAACAGUGAUGAAGAAUAUACUAAUACUCUAAGAAAUGGUAUCCAUAAGAAAUCCACGAGAAGUGAUACCACGAAAAAGAAAUACAUAAGAUGUGAUAUCCAGACAAAAGCCGUGAUGACUAAGACCAGUAAAGAAUCGCUGGAACAGCCGAUAGUAGUGAAACGCCAAUCAAACGGCAAGUAUCGGUGCGAUUGGACGGGCUGUGAGAAAGAGUAUAAGUGUCGAUAUGUUCUACAUAAACAUAUACUACAGCACCGGGGCGUUACAUACCAGUGCUCGUAUAAGGAUUGUAACAAAUCGUUUGUUGAUUACACAUCAUAUAGAAAGCAUCUGAAACAUCAUAGCGAUACCUAUCAGUGCAAACACGACUGCUGUACCUAUACUACGGGUGUUAAAAAGUUUUACGAAUCUCAUCUGAAAAGCCAUUUGACUGAAACACCGUUUCAGUGUACGAUCGAUGGAUGCGGACAACAGUUUAAAACCGAUGAUCACAUGAAAGCACAUGUCUUGAGACGACAUCCGAAUGAGAUGCCUGAUGUCAAGUGGAUGCCGUGCCCGGAGCCGGGCUGUGAGUUUCGGACAAAGUCAUCGAACAGUAUGACUGUCCAUACGUUGACUCAUACAAAACCGCAUGAAUGCGGCAGAUGUGGCAAACGGUACGCCACGGCUAAUGGUGUUCGCGGCUGUGAAUCGCGACACGAGAUCGAGUCGUCUAAUGGAGAAUCUGCUCUAAAAUACCAGUGCGAUUGGCCCGGUUGUAGUCGCGAAUAUCGAAACGCAUUUGUAUUUAAACGACACCUGAUGUCGCACAAAGGUGUUAAGUAUCAGUGCUCGUACACGGGUUGCAACAAAUCGUUUGUCGAUUACUAUACGUUUCGCAAACACAUCCAGAAUCAUAAGAAUACCUAUAAGUGCCGACACGAUGGCUGUUCAUAUAGUUCGGGUGUCAAAAGAUAUUUGUUAUCGCAUGAGAAAAGUCACAUCAAAGAUACGCCGUUCCAGUGCAACAUCGAUGACUGCGAACAGGUAUUCAAAACAGAAGACAAUAUGCGCGCUCAUCAGCUAAGAAAACAUCCGGACUCGUUGGCGGACGUCCAGUGGAUGAACUGUUCGUAUCCGGGCUGCGAGUAUAAGACAAAAUCGCCGAACGCUAUGAACUGUCACGAGAUAUGGCAUAAAAAACCGUACGAAUGCCAGAAGUGUAGCCAACGCUAUGCAUCGGCAAAACAGAUGAAGGGUUGUCUGGAGAAACACAAUAUCAGUGAUGACAUCGAUGGUAAUGGUGGUGUUGGUGGUAGUGAAGUAGGAAAACACCGGUGCGAUUGGCCCGGUUGUGAUAAGGUUUAUCGUGAUACGUUCUACUUGAAACGCCAUCGCCUGAUGCACACUGGCUACCAGUACCAGUGCCGGCACCGGGAGUGUGGCAAAUCUUUUAGCGAUUAUACAUCCUAUCGUAAUCAUGUUAAUCAUCACAAAGGUACGCACCGAUGUCCGCACGAUGGCUGCCAGUACACAACGGGUAGCAAAAAGUAUCUGCGCUCUCAUAUGAACAAACAUGUCAAAGACACACCGUUCAGGUGCGGUAUCAACGAUUGCGAACAGGUAUUCAAGACUGAGCUGCAAAUGUCCAAUCAUCAGCUUCGCAUACAUCCGGACGAGUUUCCUGAUACACCUUGGAUUGGAUGCGACUUUCCCGCCUGCGAUUAUCGGGCAAAGACCAGUAUAGCCAUACGCGAGCACCGGGCCUGGCAUAUCAAACCCUACCAGUGCACAGAUUGCGAUAAACGGUGUCAGUCGUCAAAAGAGUUGCACAGACAUCGGAUCACUCAUCACAAUGCCGUACGAAUUGCCUGCGAAUGGUAUGCCUGCGAACGCCAGUUUACCACCCGAGCCGAAAUGCUCGACCACAUGAAUGUCCACACUGGUCAAGAAAGCUACCGAUGCGAUUGGCCCGGUUGUGACAAAUCGUUUAUUACCAAACACUCGGUCAAAGCUCAUCUCUAUAGAGUCCAUACGAAAAAGGCUAAACUUGUGGCCAACUUUUAGAUGGGUGGUGUUCU